ACAUAAAAUAAGUGUCUUUCUUAAGCUUGGAAAAACAUGCGCCAUUCAUCUCCGCGUCUACACAAUACCCAUAUUCCAUAGCCACUGUACCGCGUUUCGGUAGGAUAAAAAGUUACAGAUUUUCGUUUUUCUGAGAGAAGUGAAAGUAGCGGAAGUAUUUGAUCAAUUAUUUGAUCAUCAUGAGUUUCCUGUUCGGCAAGAAAAAGACUCCUGCAGAGCUCCUGCGGGAGAAUAAGAGGAUGCUUGAUAAAUCCAUCCGGGAAAUCGAGAGGGAGAGACAGGGUUUGCAAGCACAAGAAAAGAAACUAAUUGUAGAGAUUAAAAAAAGUGCAAAGCAAGGGCAGAUGGGAGCUGUCAAGGUGAUGGCCAAAGAUCUUAUCAGAACACGACAUCAGGUAGAAAAAUUUUACAAGCUCAAAUCGCAACUACAAGGCGUGUCCCUCAGAAUCCAGACGUUGAAAUCUACACAAGCAAUGGGGGAGGCAAUGAAAGGUGUCACAAAGGCGAUGGGCCAAAUGAACAGGCAGAUGAAUUUACCAAACUUGCAGAAAAUAAUGCAAGAAUUUGAAAGGCAGAAUGAGAAGAUGGAACUUACUAGUGAAGUCAUGGGAGAUGCCAUUGACGAUGCUUUGGAAGGAGACGAGGAAGAAGAAGAGACGGAAGAGUUAGUGAAUCAAGUUCUUGAUGAGAUUGGAAUUGACAUUAAUUCUGAGCUUGUUAAUGCACCCUCCUCCACUGUAGCUGCCCCAGCUGCAAAUAAUAAGGUUCCACAAGCUGAAGCGACAGGAAAUGAUGACGGUGGGAUAGACAGUGACCUGCAGGCCAGGUUAGACAAUUUGAGAAAGAUGUAACUACUUGUAAAUAGAAAUUUUCUAGUGUAAAAGCAUUUUAUGUGGCUUGUAACAUUGUGAAGAUGAUCCUAUAACUUUGUGAUUUGGUACAGCUUGAUGCCUCAAUAAUGAGUAUGCAGUACACUAACUCUUUUCCCUUUUUAUAGCGUACAUGUAAAAUGGAGAAUUAUUUUUGUUUA